AUGGGCCAGAAAGGUCGAGGAAAGGGCAGCGGAUGGUGGGACGCUUCGGCUUCGUGGGCUGCCUGGGAGUAUUCAGGAUGGCAGUCAUGGAAUUGGCAAGACAACAGGGACAGCACCAGCAGCAAAGGAAAUGCCAGGAAGGGCCGCAUGGGCAAAAGCCACAGCGAAGGCUCUGACAGCUCCAGAGGAGUGGCUGACUCAAGUGGCAAGGGCAAUGGCCUUCAGCAACUUCGGCGAGAGGAGGCUGAGAAGGCGCACCGACAGGCACAGGGUGCUUCAGAAACAGUAGAUAAGCAAGCCGCUGGUGACCAAGAAGAAAAAGACCUUCGCGACCUGGCUUCUGGCAAACAGGAUGAACUGGGUGGGCCUCAGGAUGAUGAGCACCUCAACGAUGCGGCAGAGGAGGAGGAUGAGGAGGAACUGCCUUCCGAGCACGAUGUAGAGCCCAACGCUGAGGAUGUGGAUGCCGAAGAGGAGGAGGAGGAGCAGGAGUUGCAGGAAGAUGGUGAAGAGGAGUUGCAGGAAGAUGGUGAAGAGGAGUUGCAGGAGGAAGAGGAGGAGGAGGAGGAGGAAGUAGAAGAACAGGAACACGAGGACGAGCAGGAAGAGGAAGAGGAAGAGGAGGAGGAUGAGGAGGAGAAGGAGGAGGAGGAGCAGGAGGAGGAGGAGGAAGAAGAAGACCUCGAGGAAGAAGAGGAAGUGGAGGAGUCAGAGUUUGUAAGCCCCCCCAAAGGGAAAGGAAAAGACAGAAGCAAAGGUAAAGAUCUGGGGAAAGGCAAGAAAGGCAAGACCUCUAAGGGAGCCCUCGAGGAAAGUGAUGAAGACGAGACCGAUGAAGAAAUUCCCGCCAAAGGCAGCAAGGGCAGCACGAAAGGCAAAGUGAAAGGCAAAGGCAAAGAUCCAGGAAAAGGAGCAGGUAAAAGUUUUAGUGAUGAUGCCGUCGACAGCGAGGAGGAGCCUGAAGUCAGAACCAAGGGCAAGGGAAAGCGAAAAGGCCAGAGAAAAGGGAAGCAGUGA